UCUGGAUCCAGAGAGGGAAGGAAGAACAGAGAGAGCAGCUAAACAGGUGGUCUCAAAACCCCCAAAACAAUGUGGUCCGGCGGGGAAAAGGAAAGAAAAACGCUCCAGCCCUCGCGUCCCUAAAGGAAUACCGGGGAGAGAGCCGCGGCGGGGCCGAAAGCUCAUGCUCCCUGUGGGUUUCCACGCGGAUUUGUGCUCCCGGUCUCGGCUCCGCAGCUCGGAUCCUGAACCAUGAAAGUCACGGUGUGCUUCGGCAGGACGCGGGUGGUGGUGCCGUGCGGGGACGGGAAUAUCAAGGUCCACACUCUCAUCCAGCAGGCUGUCAUGAGGUACAAGAAGGCCAUCGCCAAGGAUGCCAGUUACUGGCUGCAGGUCCACCGAUUGGAGCACGGCGAUGGAGGAAUCCUCGACUUGGACGACGUGCUCUGUGACGUGGCCGACGACAAAGACAGGCUCAUAGCUAUAUAUGAUGAGCAGGAGCCCCAUCACGGAGGCGACGGCACCAGCGCCAGCUCCACGGGGACCCAGAGCCCCGACUUGUUUGCCACAGACCUCAGUGCCGGCAGCGGGGCCUCGGCCUUCACGCCCUACCAGACAGCCAGCGAGAUUGAAGUCACUCCUUCUGCCCUGCGCACCAAUAUGCCACUCCACGUCCGGCGCAGCAGCGACCCUGCCCUGUUGACCGUCAAUGGGCCGUUUCACGCCGUUGAGUCACGGGUCCAAACGGACGAGGCGCCAUCCAGGAAAAAUCCAACCCGCUGGUCCACCACCGCUGGCUUCCUGAAAGCUCGCCACGCGUCUGGCACCAACAGCCUGGAGAGGAAGGGUAAAAGUAUGGACACAUACCGCAGCCUCCCACGGGAUGCAGGGACGUGGGCCAAUCAAAGGGAGUUUCAGCGAGAAACAGCCCGGUCGUCCCUCAGCGCCAAUCACCCCAUGGUGGACCGAUGGCUGGAGAGACAGGAACAGGAGGAUGAUACCAGAGAGGAAGAAAACGGCAGGAUUGAGCCGGUCGGCCGAGCUGAUUCCUGCAUGGAUCACACCCCCGUGAGGUCUUUAGAAGACAUUGUCAAACUGGUGGAGGUCUCAAACGACGGUGGGCCUCUGGGGAUCCACGUGGUGCCCUUCAGUGGCAGAGACCGCAGGACUCUUGGCUUGUUGGUCAAGCGUCUGGAGAGGGGAGGCAAGGCCGAACAGCAAGGCCUGUUUCAGGAGAACGACUGUAUCAUCCGUAUCAAUAACGGGGACCUGCGAAACAUCCGCUUUGAACAAGCCCAGAAUAUGUUCCGUCAGGCCAUGCGCUCUCCCGUCAUCAUGUUCCACGUGGUGCCAUCAUCCGUGAAAGGCCAGUACGAGCAGCUCUCCCACUCCGAGAGGACGCCUUCCUUCUCUUCGGGCCGCUUCAGCCCCAACUCCCCGAGCGGCAGCAUGACAUCCAGCAUCGACCACAACCCGCAGAGGAUGUCCCGCCACGGUUCCCAGUCGCACCCACACUCGCAUCCUCACCCCCUCCCUCACCCGGAGCCGGCCGACGGCCACCCGCCUCUCACCCACCCGGCCGUCUCAGCCGUAUCAGCCGCCAAGCCUCCGACGGGCCACGCCCACUCGCCCCAGAGGGGGCUCAACUCCACCCCCACGCCGGGGUACGCCAAGAAAGUGGGGAGAAGACUCAACAUCCAGCUGAAGAAAGGCCCUGAAGGUCUCGGCUUCAGCAUAACGUCGAGGGAUGUUCCCAUCGGGGGCUCGGCACCCAUCUAUGUGAAGAACAUCCUGCCUCGGGGAGCUGCCAUCCAAGACGGCCGCCUCAAGGCGGGAGACCGGCUGUUGGAGGUGAACGGAGUGGACCUGAACGGCCGGACCCAGGAGGAGGUGGUGGCUCUGCUCCGGGCUACACCCAUGGGUGGAGCUGUGGGACUGCUGGUUCUGCGCCAGGAGGACACUUUCCUCCCCCGAGAGGUGAAUGCUGAGCCCCAGAUGCAAUCCCCCAGAGAUUUGCAUCCGAGGCAGCCCGUGACAGCCAGGAACCCCCACUGGUUGAAUGAGAGCGUCUUCGGCGUAGAUCUGGAACCCAUUGCAAAGACGGAGGAAGACGAGCUGGUCCUGACCCCUGAUGGCACCAGAGAGUUCCUGACCUUUGAGAUCCCCCUCAGCGACUCUGGCUCUGCGGGUUUGGGCGUCAGCGUCAAAGGCAACCGCUCCAAGGAGAACCACGCAGACCUGGGCAUCUUCGUCAAAUCCAUCAUAAACGGAGGAGCAGCCUGCAAGGAUGGGCGGCUGCGAGUGAACGACCAGCUGAUUGCUGUCAACGGGGAGUCGCUGUUGGGCAAAACCAACCAAGACGCCAUGGAGACGCUACGCAAGUCCAUGUCGACGGAAGGCAACAAGCGAGGGAUGAUCCAGCUCAUCGUGGCCAGACGAGUGGCCAAGAGAAACGAGGAUCCUCCAGAGAGCCCGCUGGGACCCCGGCAGACCGUGAACACCUCUCUAGAUGACCAUGAGCGCAGAAUCUCCCACUCGCUCUACGGCGGCCUCGAAGGCCUCGACGACAACCUGAUGCCACGACAAGGAACCAUCCCUCGCACCAUCGGAAACUACCAGCUCUCGCCGACCGUCAACAUGCCUCAGGAUGACACCGUGAUCAUCGAGGACGACCGGCCGCCGCUCCUCCCUCCCCACCUCUCCGACCAUUCGUCGUCCAGCUCUCACGACGACGUGGGCUUCGCCGCCGAGGUCACGCCGUCGUGGGCCAAAGAGGUUCCCGCCAAAGUAGACAGUGCUUUGAUUCCAGACGAAAACAAUCCGGAUGGAGCUUUCCAGAGGGAAGGUUUUGGACGCCAGAGUAUGUCGGAGAAACGCACCAAGCAAUUCGGAGACGCCGCUCAGCUCGAGAUCAUCAAAACGCGCAAGUCGAAAAGCAUGGAUCUAGUAGCUGACGAGAUUAACCUCACCCCUCGUCCCGAGGCCGAUACAGGUUCAUCCACAAAGGACGUGGGACCAUCACUGGGCCUCAAGAAGUCCAGCUCUCUUGAGAGCCUCCAGACAGCCGUUGCCGAGGUUACCCUGAACGGGGACCUCCCGUUCCACAGGCCCCGCCCCCGCAUCAUCAGGGGGCGCGGCUGCAAUGAAAGCUUCAGAGCAGCUAUUGACAAAUCCUACGACCGACCGGCGGCCACAGAAGACGACGAUGAGGGCAUGGAGACGUUGGAGGAGGACACGGAAGAGAGUUCACGGUCGGGGAGGGACUCUGUGUCCACCAUGGCAGACCAAACGCCGCUAUCCGGCACAGAAAAACCCUUGGUCAACGGCACCAACCGCGCCAAAGAGGAGAAGAAGAAGGACAAGGACAAGAUGGGCAAGGAGAGGAAGAAGCCGGAAGGAGUGAAGGACAAAGACAAAGACAAGGGAAAACCGAAGAAGGGCAUGCUGAAGGGGCUUGGCGACAUGUUCAGGUUCGGGAAGCACCGUAAGGAUGAGCGGCCCGGGGAGAAGAUGGAUCGCAAAGGCUCCAACAAGUGGAGGCUGGAGGAGAUGCAGGUGUCGGAGGAAGAAACCAUGAAGAUGAGGCGGGAGCAGGAGAGGAUCCAAGCCAAGACCAGGGAGCUGAGGGAGCGCCAAGCCCGUGAGCGGGACUACGCCGAGAUCCUGGACGUGAGCCGCACCCUGGAGAGAUCCUCCGACGAAGACCACCAGUACGUCGGCAUCAACCCACUGAACAGCUCGCUGGACAGCGGCCACAGUCGGCCCCACAGCCCCCGGGACGACUACCCCCACAUCCACCACCAGCACCAGCACUCCGACAGCCUCUACACCCACGUCAGCAAGGCCCGCGGAGACCGGCCUCCUUCCGCAGACAGCAACCGGCUAACCCCUAGCAACCACGACCGGAUACAGAGGCUGCGGCAGGAGUUCCAGCAGGCCCAGACCGUCCCGGACGACCCCGACGACCGCAGGAGGACGUACAGCUUCGAGCAGCCCUGGUCAAACACCAGCAGCAACGGUCCGGGCGGGUACAGCCAGCCGGGUCGCCACUCGGUGUCGGUGGAGGUGCAGAUGCAGCGGCAGAGGCAGGAGGAGAGAGACUCGUUCGCCCAGGCACAGCGGCAGUACAGCUCCCUCCCACGGCAACCGAGGAAGAACCCGAGCACCAUCUCCCAGGAGUCGUGGGAUAAGGCGUACCCACCGGGCGAGGGCUUCCAGACGGCCAAGGACAACCCCAGGUACUCCAGCUACCAGGGCUCCAGGAACGGCUACCCGGGGGGCGGCGGCGUCAACGCCAGGGUCCUCCUGGAGGCCCAGGAGCUCCUGCGGCAGGAGCAGAGACGCAGGGAGCAGGAAGCCAAAGGAAAGCUGAUGCAGGAGAGCAGCAGCAACAGCAGCUACGAGACGUACACGGCACACCUGAAGGAGCCGGCGUCCCCCAAGGGUCCGUACCGCCACGACGUGCCGCCGUCGCCCUCGCAGUUAGCCAGGCUUAACAGGCUGGGCUCGGAGAAAGGAAGACUUUUUUAUUCUUGAGACUCCAUGUUGGACUGAAGGAUGAACUUAUAAGGGGCUACCUUGAAGAAACGGCGGAAGCGACGGCUCCGCGUCUUGAGAAGGAACUGCCUAGAGGUUUUAUAGCUUAGCAAUCUUAGAGGUAAACAGUUGUGAAGUAUGCACAGUAGGUGGGUGUUUGUGUGCAACCCCCCGCCGUGCUGAUGACCUUUACCAGCUGUCAGUCAGUCACUCACUCACUCUCCCUCCCGCAAACACGAGACGCUCAGUGCCUUCUCUGCAUCCACCAGGACGAUUCUGGCUCGUAGUCGUCCGGGACUCUUGACUCACCGAGGUUCCAACAUCGCCGUGUUCUGACAAUCAAAUGGGCAAACGGGCAAAUGAGUGGGCGCCUUCGUCGGGUCCACGGGGAAGCAUAGGUUUCUGUGUGUGGGCUUGUGACAAGGUACAUGUUUCACCGCUGAGUGUGACUUGGUCCACCUGCCAAUACACAUUUUUUAUUUAAAAAAAAAUCAUCCUUUGGUUAACACCCCCCACUGAAGCCGGGGGCUUCUCUGCAUUCUGGUUUUUCCCCAGUGGAGUUUUCACAGUAAUCGCCGGGGAGCACAGAAAUCAAGGCAAAGUGUGAGAAAGAAAGCAGGGCACGGUGUGUGUGAGUGUGUGUGUGUGAGAGAGAGAGUGUGUAUGUGUGUUAUUAAUAAAAGUCCCCUCAUAAAUGAUUCAUAUGGUGUGUUAUCUCCUUGGAGGAGACCCAGGCAGAGGGUGGGCAGCUCUGAUCCUCUGCCUGGCCCCUCACGGCUCUGGGUUCCACUCGCCGGCCUGCCUCCCCGUUUCUGUCUGGAGGUCCCAUCCUCUCCCGACCGUUCUCUCUGUUCAUUAUGCUCCUUUCUUCUACCUCAACUUAGGGCUGGGCGAUAUGGACCAAAAGUCAUAUCUCGAUAUUUUCUAGCAGAAUGGCGAUACUCGAUAUAUAUCGAUAUUUUUUCUGUGCCAUAAUUGGGGUUUCCCCCAAAGCAUUAUAGCAUAGCAUCUCUGUUAGCUUCAUUUUAUUCUGAGGCAAAUCCUUAAAAAAACAGUCUUGUUUUAAUACAAAGCCUCGUGCCAAAUGUCACACAGGUACCUUUAUUAACAGAGGUCUGCACAAUAUCAAAAUGUAUAAAACAAAUGAAAUAAAAAUAAACUGCCUGCAUAUAUAGAAUAAAAAAGCUUCUUGAAUAAAAUAAAACAAAUAUCCCUUUCCUGCAUAACAAUUAAAUUAAAAUACACUGUGCAAUUAAUACAAUGUAGACAGUAACAGGCAGACUUUUCCACUGAGGUUGACAGUUGUGCAAAUAACAAAACAUUUGUACAAAUCUAAAAAAAAAACAUUCAAGUCAAUUUGUCACAAAAUAAGCUAUAUCAAAAUCAUAAAAAAAAUAUAUAUUUAUUUUUUGUCAAAAUAAACGAUAUUGUCUCGUACCAUAUCGCGUUUGAAAAUAUAUCAAUAUAUAUUAAAAUCUCGACAUAUCGCCCAGCCCUACCUCAACUUCCCAGCCUUCAUCAGCCUCUCCUUUCACCCACCUUUCUCUCAUCUCACCCUUCCCCUCGCUCUUCCUCCUCCUCCUCCUCCUCCUCCUCCUCGUCUCCCCAGUCGGGCUCCGCACUGAAUCUUUCAUCAGAAGCCACCUGCUGCCUGCCAGAGCCAAAGAGCGCUGCCACCAGAGGCAGCGACAGAGGGCCCAGCUUCUGACACAAAGGCUGGAAUAAAAGCAGAAAGAGAAUCGGAAUAAAGAUGAGUGGAGCGACAAUGAGCUUCCCAGCAUGAAAUUAGCAGCAGCCUUUUCUCCCGUUUUUUGACAAAAGGCAAAAUUGACGUAGGGAGUUAAUUGCUCUCAAUUGCUGUAAUUGCGUUUUGCAUUUUUACCUCUCACCCGACACUCUUCUCCACAGUGAUUUUAAAUAGACGGAGCAGGCAGGGGGGGGGCCAUCUUGCUUUUAGAAAGCAGCAGUCAGUGCACGAACUGAGUGCUGCUCAAUUUAUGGAGCGAGUCGGAAACGGUGGCAGAAAUCAAGACUCUCGAUUUGGCUCUAAUGCUUAAGUAGAUGGUGUUGCCCAGAUUUGAUCAUUAAGUUGUUAGCUGGAUUUUUGCUAUCCUGCAACAAUGGGGAUAAAAAAACAAAGAAAGUGAAUUGUGGUUCUCGCAGUGCUGAAAAGAGAGAAGAUUCAGAAAAGUGCUUUACCGUGUAAGUCGUUGGAUAAUUCAGCCCGCUGUGUUCUCCGUUAAUGCAGCGGCUCACUGGGGUCAUCCUUUCCACCUUCAGCCUUCGUUUGAGAAGACAAAGAGAGAUUUCCACUUUCAACUGUAUAUUUACUGCUAUAUCCGCUACCAGUCUGAGGCCAUUUCUGUCUUUUUGGAGCCAGAAUGAAGUAUAUUUGGAUGAGAAUUGAGAGUAGCGCUAGAGCAUUAACCUUUAAAUCUGUCUGGACCCAAAAUGUGUGUCUUUGAAUCUUCCUGUCUGUUUAAGUAUGGACUAGGUUUUAAUAAACCACCAGCUCAGAGAUCAGGUGUCUUAUUCUGCAUUAGCGUUGUGCUUCAAAGCAUGUCUCCUUCGGCUUCACCCCCCCCCGUCUUUCAUGUACACUCUGCUUUCACGUGUUUGUGAAGCUCCAGACACCUGGCUCACCGGCGCUGACUGUUGACUCCACUGCAACAGGUCUGAACAAACAACCAGACGUCAGCAACCAGUUUUAGGCCACGUUUACACAUAGACAAAAACGGAUAUUUCCCCCUCUACGUUUUGACAAAUAUCCUCGUUUACACGAACCUGCAUAAAUAUGCUGUUAAGGGUGCUAUGAGCAUCCAAACCUGCAGGGGGCAGUGUAACGAGAAGCGUAAAGUCAUGCUAGCCAAUCAGAAUCGUGGAAAAAAACGUCAACAAAUGACACGUGUGAAGCCUGAAUAAUAUGGUUCCGCGUUAAAUCGACGGCGUAGCCUACGUACGGUGCGCGUCGCCGUAUUCCCUACGCCGUAGGCUCUGCGUUGGUGUAACGCGGAACCAUAAAUCAGCCUUGACUGCCAGUUGCCAAGACGGAACGAGAGUGACAGAGAAGUGGAGUUUCUUUUAAGUGUGACUUUAGAAUAUAAAACAGGUAAAAUACAAGAAAAUAUUGACGGUGGCCAAACAAAUUGUUUUUGAAAAUCUCCACUUUGGCCGGAGUUUUCAGAAAUGAUCGUUUUUGGUGACUUUGAGCUUCGUUUUCGUAUAAACGAACGGCCAAAACGCCAUGAAAACGCCACCGUUUUUGCUCCGUGUAAACGGGGCCUUACACUGCACAGGAAGUUGAAUCUUCCGGAAGGUUGUAGGAAAUAGGUACGCUGCAAAAACUUGUAAAAAAGAGAGCCCAGUUCAAGAAAAUAAGAAGUGUAUUUUUCUAGGUUUAAGAGUUCUAGCCAAGAAAAUGUUUCUCAUCCCAUUGUCAAAGAUACUUUCUCUUCAAAUGAGACGAGAUUUAUGAAAUAUCCGGCUUAUUUCUCGAGGGGCUUGUUUUUGCAGCGUACCAGUGACUGAAACACAAAUCUGCUUUCAGUUGAUCACAUAUGAAAAGGUGGAACAGAUACUCAAAUGGACUUUUUGCAGUGGUACGGAUGAAACCUCUCUUGGGAAGUGGCAGUGAUGGCUACUGAAACAGCCACACUACACACAUAGCUGCGCAACACGAGACUGGUUCUAAUCCUUGGUAGUAAAGUGAACCAAAACUCUCCAGCGAACGUGAAUCAGUUUCUUAAAAACGGAGGACGUGUUUGAGCUUGCUCUCAUAAACUUUGACACAAUACUUCCUUUCAAAUCGGUUUCUCCUGUGAAAGACGCUUCACCAUUGGUGGAACUCACUUCAGCAGAUUUUCUUCGGAGCUCUGCAUAUCAUUGUGUUAUGUCGAGUGCAUUUAAAUGACUUAAUUUUGCUGGCGUUUCAAGCACUGAUGCGGCUGGCCCCUGGGGCAGGAUGCAGUUUUUUCUGGCUUUUUUUUUUCCCCUCUCUCUCUCAAUGCUGUGAGGACCACAUUAACAUUUCAUUGAUCUCUGUUGUACUUCAACUGAAACACUCAUCUCAGAUUCUGGUCAAAUUAAACUAUAUGCACUGCAAGCAACCGGCACGGCUUGUAUUAUUGCAGCCUUGAAUAAUUUACAUUUUCAUUCCAGUCAAAUUGCAGCCACCGGCAGGUUUGUCAGUCCAGAGAGGACAGACUCCAGUGAAAACAGGAGACCUUGAGCUUUGAUGACACACUUUGAAAAUCACCUCCAGCCCACGGCUGAACCUGCUGCAGUAGCCCGAAACAACCGUUGCGCCGACGACGGCGACGUUUGUGACGCUGUUGCUUCUGUCUGCGAGCGAGCAGACGAGACAGAGGCCAAACUUCAAACAAUAGGAUACAGAUAAAAUAAACAGCAAGCUGUGGAAAACAAACAGGCGUUGUACGGCGGCGCCUCACUCCCACACACCCGCCAUAUGCAGAGUAAAGCUGGAUUAUCUUCCUGCUAAUGAAGACCCUUGUGGGGAAAGAUGUAGCUUUAAGAGCCAAUAGAUGAUGAACACAAAUGUAGGAAGUUAAAGACGGAAGGUGUUUUAUUUCAUCCUGAAGAAAGUUCAGUGCAUGUACUCCCCGUCCCUAACUGUUACAAGGGUGUGAGGACGCAAGCGGAAAAAGGUCUGUGUCUCUCGUUUGCGCGGUUUUAAAACCACGUUAGGGUCAAGCGGACGAACUGUUACCAAAUAAAAACCGAACCUGUCAAAGCCCGAGGAGCAGACGGAUGAGCUCGAGCGUUGCUCAUCCAGUCGCAGGGUCUGAUAUCGAAAAAGUGCCUGAGAAAUGAACAGAAACUAAACCCAAGGAGGGAUGCCGUGUCUUUGUCGGGGACACUGCGGCUUUCAAUCGAGAACGUUUUUUAAAUGUUGACAAUAUCGUCUCAAUUUGAGGUUCUCCUUCCUCCUGCUUUUUUUUUUUAAAUAAAAAAAAAAGUCGUAUCCACAAGAGCCGACACUACCGAGCAGUUAUCAGUGUACCUGUAUCCUGUUUGCCGAUUGUGCUGUACGAUUUUUGUGUUUUUAACGUUUCAAAAAUGAAAUGGAAGAUGAUUGAAGCUGACGUGCAAUUGUUUUUUGUUUUUUUGUUUUUUUUGUUGUUUUUUUUUCCAGGAAACUUUUACAUAAUGUAUGGAGAAAUGUAUGCAGCCACUUUUCCUGUACAUAUCAAAUUCAAAAUAAAAAAGGAAGGCUGUUC